CGUCUCUAGCCGCUCAGUUGCUAGCAUUAGCUGACAGUCGCGGCUGCCGCCUGUCAAGAGAGUAUUUACUGCUCGUGCGUGGCCACGUCCAUCCCGUGGAUGUGGCUCAUGCCCGAGACUUUCACAAAUCCCUAACUUGCAGAUAUCCGUUCACCUCGGAAGUUGUGCAUGGAGUUGUUAUAAGCUAAACCAUUCUGUCGUACACAGAGAUAGACUGGAAAGCUUACAUGGAUGAAGUGGAGGGAGUCAUUAAUGGCACCUACGACUACACCCAGCUCGAAGGAGAUACAGGCCCCUUGGUGUAUCCAGCUGGCUUUGUCUACAUCUUCACAGCUCUUUACUACAUCACAAACCAUGGGGUUAACAUCCGACUUGGUCAGUAUCUUUUUGCAGUCUUCUACCUCAUCACUCUCCUGCUGGUGUUCAGGAUAUACAACCGCACUAAAAAGGUCCCUCCCUAUGUUUUCUUCUUUGUGUGCUGUGCCUCAUAUCGGAUUCACUCAAUCUUUGUGCUGCGUCUCUUCAACGACCCAGUGGCCAUGAUGCUGCUGUUCGAAGCUGUCAACCUCUUCAUGGAUGGACAUUGGACGUUGGGCUGUGCCCUUUAUAGUUUAGCAGUAUCUGUGAAGAUGAAUGUGAUUCUGUUUGCCCCAGGCCUUCUCUUUCUCCUCCUGUCCGAGUUUGGUAUGGUUAGGACUAUCCCUAAGCUUUCUCUCUGUGCAGCAAUUCAGCUGUUACUGGGCCUUCCUUUUCUGAUGGAGAAUCCCAUUGGUUAUAUAAACCGGGCGUUUGAUUUGAGUCGUCAGUUCAUGUUCAAGUGGACUGUCAACUGGCGCUUCCUGCCAGAGUGGCUCUUCCUAAGUCGCUACUUCCAUCUGGUCCUGCUGACUGCUCAUCUGCUCACCCUGCUACUUUUUGGCCUCCGCCGUUGGAAGAGGCCUGGAGAAGGCAUUCUAGAUCUGCUAAAGGAGCCAAACAAGAGGAAAAUCCCUGCUCAGAAGCUCACUGCUGAUCAGAUAGUGCUGAUUCUGUUUACCUCUAAUUUCAUUGGCAUGUGCUUUUGCCGUUCACUGCACUACCAGUUCUAUGUCUGGUACUUCCACACGCUGCCUUACCUGCUCUGGAGUGGAGGGGUCAAGAAGCUGGCCCACUUGCUGAGGGUCCUAAUUCUGGGUCUCAUAGAGCUUUCAUGGAACACCUACCCCUCCACUAACUACAGCUCAGCUGCCCUCCAUGUUUGUCACCUCAUCAUUCUCCUCUCCCUGUGGCUGGCUCCAGCCCCAGCUGCAGGCCCGGCGAAUGCCCAGGAAGAUGUACAAGUGAAGGACAAACGUCAGUGAGCUACACCCCUCACCGGACUCAGCUUUUGAGGGGUCUGAUCAGUUACUGAGUAGCCUGCAUCCUCCUUUCCAUGCCUUAUUCCAACAUGGUUGCAGAGCAAGGUCACUGGGGUAGACCGUCUUAAAAAAAGAAAAAGGAAAAAAAAAUAAGGAGCUGUUUGAUGCAUCUCAGCUCGCCGCUAAAUGUGAAGAGCACUAACGUCUGGGUGCAGUCUACAGACAGACACCUAGUGAUAAUGAUACGGUACAGUACACGGUAGCCCAUCACCGUUAAAGUAAGACGAAAAAAAGGCAGAAAAUAGGAAUUCUCAGGUUCCAUUUUCAAAUGGAUAAUUGAAAGAGUGGAGUUUAUUGAUGAAGAGGAACUGUGGAUGCUUUACUAUUUUUGAAAGAUAUGAUGAAAAAUUUAUGGACUUUUAAGUUAUAUAUUUUAUUUUAAGAUUAGCUUCUGCCCAUGAUUGCUGUAGUCAAGUAAUUUGUCACAGUUGUCCCCCUAAUAUGAUAGAUAUAUUGUUAAGGAACUAUCGCUGGCUGGCAUGAUAAAGGUUAUUUUUGUAUUUUAAAAGGGCAGUAUGUUAUACUGUAGGAAUGUCUGUAGUGUACCAGGGGACUUGGACAUGUCUAAGCUUUCUAACGUCUUCGGUCCUAAGCAACCAAGCUUUCAAUUAAGUGUGUAUCUGGAAAAAAAAAAGUCUCUGGCAUUACCAACGGGCACGAUAGUUUAUUCCGUAGCAAGAAACCAAAACAGUAUCCAAAUAGUCCUAUUAAUUACUACAAUCAUUAGACCUAAGCUGCUUACAAUUAUGGCUACUUGUCUGUUUUAUUAUUUAUCCAUCCACGGUUGUGGCCCAACAAUCUCUCGGUUAUAUAAGAUGUGAAGGGUAUACAGUAGACUGAAAUGCCAAAAGAGUAAACUUUUAUAUCAAACUUGAGCUGCAAAUUUGCCCCUAUCAAGUGUUAUUUUUUUUGUCUUUUGCAUGCAUGUUUCUGCUACAUAUCAUGACAAAUAGACUUAUCCUACAUUUUUAUUUGCAAAACUCAAGUUCAUCUCUGUAAAUAAUGAUGAAGUCAUCAGUCGAGCUACUGCCGCCACCAUUCUGGUUUCCACAACUGACACUUGUCUGGUUCCAUCUGAUUGAUUAUGCAUUAGGAAAAUUCCAUCGGCUCUCAACUAAGAUUGCGGAGUAAAUGCAUUUUCAGAUCAAGGCAUUAUUGUGAUAGCAUAAAAGGCCACUCGGUCUGCGUCAAGUUAAAGAGUAUUCUUAACUCAUAAAAGAUUCUUACAAUAAUAUAAUAUUUCAUGUGCAGCUCAUUAAUAUUCAAAAUAAUUUUGG